AAACCAUCUGGGCGGCGUCAUACCAAUCCUCUUGUGACGUUUUGGUGAGCAUUUGGCCAUCUGGCAAAGCAUCAUCAUCUCCUUCCCUCUGGUGGAAUUAUCCUCAUUGAGGCUUCGAUUACUGGGUCAAGUCGCCCUACUCUUGCUGGAAAAGGUUGGCAGGGAAGACGAGAUCCAAGAAUUAGCUUCGAAUUUGGAAGGAGCCAUCCGCCGUCCCCCUCCCCGAACAGCACUCAUUUUAAAGGAAGUUUCUGUUCCAUCAUCAUUAUCAUCAUUAUCCUCCUCCGCACGAGUCAGCAUAUCAACUCUCCUGGCAUGGGCAAGACUCCUCCGCCGCAACAAUCUGAGUACUCGCUCUACGGCAAUAGCCACCUUGCCGUUUGUUUCUCUGAAAAUGCCAUCCAACAGAGCGCCAAUCCGCAAUGUGCAUUUUUACAACGCAUCGACCGGGGAGGUCCUCGGAGGCGUUUAUCAACAGGGGUCUCUUACUCAAGCUACAAUAAUAUGGAUUUUAAAAAAUGUCCUUCUGAUCGUCGAGCAUGAUUGGCAUAUGAAGAACCGAGAAUCUGGUAGCACAAUCGAGCCGACAAGCAGCCCAUUAACUGCUGGCGACUAUGACAUAUAUUGUUCAGGCGAUAUUAAAUUAACCAACGAGCCAUGGUAUGCGAGAAUCAAUAGCUUCAGUGCGUCGGGAAGAGAAGAUUCUUUCCGGGACGGCAUUCGUUUACGCGACAGAAGUUGUGUUAUAUCAGGAGAUAAAAAUUAUGUAUAUGAUUAUGGUUGGUUCUAUGGAUUUCAAGCUGCUCAUAUCUUUCCUCUGGCAUCCGAAAGUUUGUGGGUCCAGUUUAACUAUCAGCGGUGGAUCACCAAUAUCCCAGAUACGGAUACCAGCUCAAGGAUCAACUCCGUCCAGAACGGUUUUCUCAUAAGACAGGAUCUGCACACACUCUUUGACCAAUAUCUCCUAUCCGUAAACCCGGACGACGGAUAUAAGAUCAUCACAUUCUUCCCCAAUCCCUUCCGGGUUGACGGACGAAUUCUUGAAUACUCUUGUCGCAACCCCGAUGACCCGAAUCACGUUUCGGACGAACUCCUUCGCUGGCAUUUCCGCCAGUCCGUCCUCGCUAACAUGCGGGAAGCAGGCGAGCCGCUGUUUGAAACGGACUUCCCUCCUGGUACCGACCAAAUGGCUACGAUGCGCACGGAGCCAUAUGGCAAAGAGAGGCUAGAAAUGGAGCUUGCAGUGAGACUGCCUAAGCCAGAAUCUUGA